GCAGCCUGUCCGUGGCUCUGCCUGCCUGCGACAGCACAGCAGCGGUGUGGUCGCUCCGAGCGCACGGUAACGGACAGAAAAACACUCCGCACGUACCGAAGGCCUCCGCACCGCCCCGAACCCUGUUGCAGCCACCGCUCCGACGGAUAUAAACACACACGCAUAUUUCUUUUCUAACUCAAGUCGCUAUUUUUCUUUUUCAAUUUUAUAGCCUUGCUUUAAAAAAAAAAAAAAAAAAAAACACAAAAAGAGAAAAAAAGAAGAAAAAAAUAGUCCUCGUAAUGGCGACAGCUGCGGUGUCUGCCCCUGCUGGCUGCGGCCCCAGCCCCGGGCCGGGAACCGAGCUGGUCCGCGGGCAGGCCUUCGACGUCGGCCCCCGGUACAGCAACCUCUCCUACAUCGGGGAGGGCGCCUACGGGAUGGUGUGCUCUGCUUAUGACCGGGAUAACAAGAUUCGUGUUGCCAUUAAGAAGAUCAGCCCCUUCGAGCACCAGACGUACUGCCAGCGCACCCUGAGAGAGAUCAAAAUCCUCCUGCGCUUCAAGCACGAGAACAUCAUUGGAAUCAACGACAUCAUUCGCACGCCGACCAUCGAUCAGAUGAAGGAUGUAUAUAUUGUCCAGGAUCUCAUGGAAACAGACCUGUACAAGCUCCUGAAGACUCAACACCUGAGCAACGACCACAUCUGCUACUUCCUCUACCAGAUCCUACGAGGGCUCAAGUACAUCCACUCUGCCAACGUCCUGCACCGCGACCUGAAGCCUUCCAACCUUCUGCUCAACACCACCUGCGAUCUCAAGAUCUGUGACUUUGGUUUGGCACGUGUGGCCGAUCCUGACCACGAUCACACCGGUUUCCUUACAGAGUAUGUCGCCACUCGUUGGUACCGAGCUCCGGAGAUCAUGCUCAACUCCAAGGGCUACACCAAGUCCAUAGACAUCUGGUCAGUGGGUUGCAUCCUGGCUGAGAUGCUCUCCAACAGGCCAAUCUUUCCCGGGAAGCACUACUUGGAUCAGCUCAACCACAUUUUGGGGAUCCUGGGUUCUCCUUCUCAGGAGGAUCUCAACUGCAUCAUCAACAUUAAGGCCAGAAACUAUCUGUUGUCGCUGCCUUUGCGCUGCAAAGUGCCAUGGAACCGCCUCUUCCCCAACGCCGAUCCUAAAGCUCUGGACCUGCUGGACAAGAUGUUGACCUUCAACCCUCACAAGAGGAUCGAGGUGGAGGAGGCCUUGGCUCACCCCUACCUGGAACAAUACUACGACCCCACAGAUGAGCCUGUUGCUGAGGCUCCGUUCAAAUUCGACAUGGAGCUGGAUGACCUACCCAAAGAGACACUGAAGGAGCUCAUCUUUGAAGAAACUGCACGUUUCCAGCCCGGCUUUAGGUCCUAACAUCUCACACAGAUGAAUCUGUGGACGGGCUUCUGCGUGGCCACUGCUCCUCCCCGCCUCCGCACUGUUGCUGUGAUAUUUCUUUUCUUUUUUUUUCUAUUAUUAUUCUAAUUAUUCAGUUUUUUAUUUCCCCUCUCCUGUUGUCCACAUCACCUGGAUUCCUUGGGUCUCACUCGUCAAGUCCACUUUGCUCAGGAAUGGCGUCAGGAAUCAAUCAAUCAGUCAUUCUGUCUCUUUCUUUUUCUCUCUCCUGGGGGUGAGGAGGUGAGGAGGGGGGAGUCACAUCACAGCUUACAGUCCUGGGGGUGAUUUUUAUGUUUUGUGUGUGUGUGUGUGUGUGUGUGUGUGUGUGUGUGUGUGUGUGUGUGUGUGCGUGUUUGCGUGUGUGUUUUUAAGCCAAGAUAAACAAUUAUUUUUUCGAAGGCGUACGGCUUUGGCCAUCGAAGACCUUUAACGUCCGAUUAUUUUAUUUUUCUGGCUUAGUUGAACGGUAGAACGCUAACGAGAAUCAUCCAUCAUGAUUAGAAACAAAAAUUUUCUAACCGUCGCCGCACUGUUACAAGGGAUGCAGUCUUUUUCUCUCUCUCUUUGGAAAACUAUGAAAGAAAACUCCAACUUAAAUCACCUGAUUUAUGCAAUGAAAUCACAGAAUCAGCGAGAGACGUUGAGGAUCUAUAUUUUAAUCAAAAAACCUCGUAUUUUAAUCCUUUAACACAAAGAGAAAGGCCCAAAUGCAAGUAUAUAAAUAUAGCUAUAUAUAUAUAUAUAUAUAUAUAUAUAUAUAUAUAUAUAUAUAUAUAUAUAUAUAGCCUGAAGAGUCUUAAGAUAUUUUAACGGUAAGAGUGACGAUGGAAAUCUGAUGGAUUUAUUUUCUUUUGUUGUUUUAACGACAAAAAAAAGCCCGUUUUCGUUUCUCAUCGGCUCCAGUCGCACCAUCGAUUUCUGCCUUAGCCGCGAGAAAACCCGAGGAAGGAGUUUAUGUCACACAAGUCUGUAUGUACAGUUCGAUAUUUUUCAUAUUUCGGGGGGGAAACUUCAUGAGAAUUCACACACGGGACUCGUUUUGUCCGGAGGAAAACAUCGUUGUGCCUCCCGGUUUGUUUGUUCUUUUCUUCUUCUGCGUUUUUUAUUUUUCUUUCUUCAUCUUCGGUCUCUGUUGAUCUCUCUCUCUGUCUCUCUCGCCUUGUUAGAAUAAUACUGUGCCCUUUGCAUGACUGUUACAAGCUCUGUAUACAAAGACGACGAUGUUAAGUGCCACACAAGCCGGGCAGAUCCGCCGGGAGAGCGCCCAGGCUCUUUCCGUUCUGUUGUUCAAUCACUCGUUUCCCAACACACGGUGCUUUCUGUCCUCUUUUUGCUUUAGCGUCCUCUCUUUGUCCGUUUACUUUCCCCCGUCUCCGUUUUCUCAUCGUUGUCGUUUAUUUACUUUAAAAAGAAAAAACUAAAAAAAAAAACCUUUGGAUCUCCGUGUGCAUGCUCAGACAUCUCGUUGUGGUUGCAAAUAGGAGAAUAACCAUAUAUCUGUAUUUAUACCACGCACACAAGAACAAAAACAAAGAAAAAAAAAUCACAAAAACCUGUCCUGAACCUGAGAAUCCAGGCGAGAUAAAGUUAGAAACGAUACUCAAAUGUAAAAGUUUGUUUAUUUUUGCUUUAAAUUGCACAUUCUAACGCUGAUGACAGCUGGCGGCGUCCGAACCAGCAGACGACUGCAGUAAAACUUUAAAAAAUAAAAAUAAAAAAAACCAACAAAUGCAGCAGAAGUCAAGACCGUGUUUCCACUUCUUGUCUGCUGAUUAAAGACUGUUGAAUUUGAAGCUUUUUAUUUCGAGUGGAAGGAAUUUACAGAUUUGGAAAGAACAUGUUUACAAAAGUGGGCCUCAAAUAUGUUCAGUUUCAUGGUACAGCCUCGCCUUUUAGUGCAACUUCAAAUGAAAAGCGCGACCUCAUGAAUGACAAGAAGAAGUAUUAUUCCCGACACUAAAGCAUCUGGAAGUAGAUUAAAGUCUAACCUGAAGGGAUUUUGGCACUUAAAUGAAGAGAUUUAAAUCUAACGUCAGACUGUUUUAGUGAUGUCAAGCUGCAGGUCACAAAAAGUAAACUCACGAUUUUUAUGUUUGGACAUUUCAGAGGCAAAAAUCUCCACUUUGUGUUUCUCUGUUGUUGUGGCUCUAAUAACAUGAAUAUUAAACUGAGCGGAGGGACGAAGCCAUAAUUAAUCCGUCACCACAGCUGCGAUGAACCGCUGCAGGUCGACGAAAAAAACGACACUUAAAUGUGCCGACUUUAGACGAUAUUUCACGAGUCUGUAAACUCUCAGAGUUCUCUGGAAGAAAAAGUGUAAUUUUGGUGCUAGUUGUAAGUUAAUUAGAGAGAAAAUAUGUUUUAAAAAAAAAAAUACUUUUAAAGCUUCCAAAGCUUUCAAAGUCCUAAACUGAGAUCUGUUAUAUUCGGAUAUCAUCAAAACGACCGAAUAUUUGGAUAUUCGGGUCCAGCCCAACAAAACGAAAACCUAUCUUGGUCCAGUUUGGCAGUUUAGUGAAAAAAAGUGUUAAUGUCAUAUUUGAAGCGAAUUUGUAAAUUAUAGUGUGCAUAUAUGUGACAAUAUGUACAAUUAAGACAGGUAAGAGCAUGUCGUUUAUGCACUGAGAUUUUGGGGCUGAAAGCGGGAUAAAAACUGACAUUUUUCCGGCUCUCAAUGGUGUUUUCGGAUUCAAGCGGUAAAAAGGAACGGCUUUGUUUACAUUUUCGCCGGAGUUCCGACUUGCACCGAAAAUUGACUUAUGGAGCAAGUCGGAACUCCAGCGCAAGUCGAGGACCUCCUGUAUUUAAUUAGAAAGUAGAACUUUGAUGCUGGCUUCAUCCAGUGUUCCGAUUCUGCUUGUUUGCUGCUUUAAACACGAAAUUUUUACACACCUUGUAACACAAAACAAAAUCAUACAACCGUUUUGUAGCUUUCUUUGGUUGCAAAUCCAUUGAAUUGAUGAAAAAUCAAUAAAACUCAACCCGCAAUUACGAAAAAUCAAGCUUCCGGUAAUUUGUCAAUUAAAUAUCCCUCUAAAAAUCAACUAAAUUACCAUAUGUCUGUAAUGUCUUUCCUAUAAUUAGUGCAAAAUUACACUUUUGAGUCCCUCUCUGCUCACGCCCUGAAGCUGUUUUUGUUAGACGUUAAUUUUGUUUCAAAGAGAAGUUUUAUGACCAAAAGUCCGUUGCAGAAAAGACCGUUUUUGCACUCACAGAUUCCCGUGAGGCUGAGAUUCGAUUAUUAAAUGAUGAUUAAAUGCACUCUUCUACAGUAGUUUGAGACUCGUAACCCUGAGGUGCCUGCCGGGACUUGACUUGCCUGUAGAUAGUCUAAUUUUUCUUUUUUUUUUUUUUCUUUUUGGGGGGGGUUUUAACGAGAACAUUAAGGGCACUGGAAACCUUACUGGGAUUAGUUGUAUAAAACAUAAAACAAAUGAAGCUUCUGCUGAGUUCUUUGUGCAAAUCUGUCUGUUUGUGCCUUUUUUGAUAGUCUUGAUAUCCAAGAUUUGAUGUGCAGCUUUCGUUCAGUCGGGACUCCGUCGUAAUCGCAGUAUAACGCUCUUAAAAACAAUCAAGUGGGAGGGAAUCUUUCAUUUCUGUACAUUUUUAAAGAGAUUUGUUGCCACAGCUGUGUGAUUUGUGACUGUAUUGAAAAAGAUGAAACAUUUAUAUAUAUUUUUUUGCGUUACCCUUCUUUUCUUUCUCUUUUCUUUCCUUGAUGUUUUUGUGCAUAUAUUUUUAUUGUAAGAUGAAUGUUAUGUUUCUAUCAGACACUAAUCUCGUUUGAGUUGUCUCUAGUGGAACUACUUCACUCUGUAUGUUUUGAUCAGUAUAAACCUUUAAUUGUGUAGUUUCUGAAAGAGAUUUAAACAAAAAAAGGAAAAAAUAAGACCCUUAGCUGUCUUUUAAAGGAUUCUUCUGUUUGACCUGCCAUAGAAACAGUUUUUAAAUUGAUCGGUCAGUUUUUUUUUUUGUUGUUUUUUUUUUUUGCUGUCGUGUGAAGGAUUUGACUUGAACGAAGCAUUUGCUAUUAUUAAAGACUGACUGCUACUUUGAGAAGAAAAUCUGUUUCUUAAUGUUUUUUUUCUUUUUGCAACUUUGCCAUGACAUUUAAAUAGACGUUCAUUAAAAACACUGUACCUUCA